AUGGUUGCUCAGAUCUUCAAGAACCGUGUAAUUUCAGCUGCAGGGCCUCUCCCUGGUCAGUUGACAGUGGAAAACCUGAAGCGAUGGAUCUCACUUCGCAAAGGCGUCUUUAUCGACGACUUUGAUGAGACUGUCACUCAUCUCCUCUGCACCAAGGAACAGUUCGACAAGAAACUUCCCAAAGUCAAGAAGGCAUUGAAACUUGGAAAGGGCAUUCACAUUGUUCAUUGUGACUGGUUCGAGUAUUCGACGGUCAAGAACAAGAAAUUGCCUGAAGCGGACUAUUCCAUGAGAAGUCUCAUCGCAAAGGAAAACGCAAAGAAGAGAGAAAAGGCUCGGAUCGAGAAGGGUAUAAGGAACGCGGAGAAAUUUGUUAACACAAACCGCUUCCACCUCUAUCGAGAUCGCCUCAACUUUGUCUACCAGGUCGACCUUACUCGAGAUAAUGAGUUCACAGGCGAGUUCGGGCAGAAGUAUACUCUUUGCUUAUGGGAGUCCAACGCCAAACCUCACUUGUACUGGUUCACGGCCAAAUUCCUCAAACAAAAGGGGAGCUCUCAGCCCAUGUAUCAUCGCCCUAGUCCUCACGAGGGAAAAUGGAGGGUGGAGAUGGAGCUGUUUAUGGACUUCUUUAAAAAGAAGACUGGGAUCGCUUGGGAAGAUCGGGUGUCACUGGCCCAAACAAUGCCCAGUUCGUAUUUUCAGUAUGAGCCUCCGUCCAGGGGUAAACCCAUUGGGAGACGACUAAAGCACGACAUCGAGUUUUGUCGAAAUAUCAAUGCUACGAUUCGGGGGUUACCGCUACCUCCCCCCGAAGAAGAGGAGCGUCAGACUGACUCGGCUGAGGAUGAGUCUGAUGAUGGCCCAAGAACCCUUGAAGAAGAUGGUGAAGUGAUGAUUUCACCCCCGGAUUCCCCUCGCGCUGUGGCGGAAGAAUCUGGCAUCGACCCAAAGGAGUUUGGAGACGACACUGAAAUGGCUUCUCCUCCUGAUCCUGAGAAGCUUCCAGGUGAAAUCAAAUCCUACUCCAGCUUGGGAGCCUCUCGGGACUGCAGGGAAGAGAUUCCACCUUCUGAGUUUGAGCAUUCUCAAGAUGAAAAGGCAGCCAUCACUAAUUCUGAGACCAUUAACGGCGAAAGGAAAUCUGAGUCACCUCCCGAGUCUGAAAAGGCUCAGGAAGCGGACAAAUCGACUGGUGUCUUUAUGGAUGAUGCAGAGGCCAAGGGUGCUCUUCCUACUGCAGCCUCUUGUAUUGCUGAGAAAGACCUAUCACAUGCGGCAAAUGAGGGUGCCGCCGUGGUUCCUGGUGAUGUGGGCGACAUGGGGGUCUCCUUUGAAUUCGAGACACGAGAGUCUCUUUAG